CAAUAAAAACGGCUCCAAUUAAACUCCACUUUAAAACUUAAAAAGGAAACCCGGGUUUUCUCCGAAGUGAAUGAUCUUGAGUUUCUUCCGUUGAACCUCGAAGACUUUGAUGUACUGACCACAAUUUCAAUGGCGGAAAAACAACUCAUACUCGUUGUCGAAGGGACUGCAGCCAUGGGUCCUUACUGGAGUACCAUUGUUUCCGAUUACCUCGAGAAAAUCAUCAGGUCUUUUUGUGCGAACGAUGUGACAGUUCAGAUACAGAAGCCUUCUUCAACUGCUUCUGGUUCAACAUUUGAGCUUGCGCUGGUCGUGUUUAAUACACAUGGACCUUAUUCUGCUUCCUUGGUUCAAAGAAGUGGCUGGACCAGAGACAUUGAAAAUUUCUUUACCUGGCUGUCUUCCCUAACAUUUUCUGGUGGUGGGUGGAAUGAUGUUGCAACUGGUGAAGGCCUUUCCGAGGCUUUGAUGAUGUUUGCCAUCCCUCAAAAUGGAUUUUGCGCUAAACAGAAUUUGGAUGGAAAAAGACAUUGCAUUCUUGUUUCUGCUAGUAAUCCGUAUCCUUUGCCAACACCAGUUUAUCGACCAGCAAUUGAAAAUCUCGAGCAGGGUGAAAAUGGUGAAGCUCAAUCUGAGAAUCUUUUAUAUGAUGCUGAGACUGUGUCCAAGUGGUUUGGUCUGUGUUCGGUUUCUUUGUCUGUCAUUUGUCCCAAACCUCUUCCGAAGCUAAAAGCAAUAUAUAACGCAGGUAAGCGUAACCCGAGAUCAGCUGAUCCAGCUGUUGACGUUAAGCAACCUCACUUCUUUGUUCAGAUAUCAGAUAACUUCACGGAGGCUCUUGCUGCUUUAAGUCGGUCAGGAUUGGUGCAAAGUCAGAAUCCUGUCACAACUUUACCUCCUGGGUCUGGCACUUCGACUUCGAUGUCAACAGUGAAUGGAUCUAUCAUGAAUAGACCGCCUAUAUCUACCGGGAGUGCUCCACAAGCAACUGUCAAAAUCGAACCUAGUACAGUGACUUCUAUGACAUCUGGACCUGCUAUACCUCAUAUGCCCGCCAUUCCUCGUGCUGCUGCACAAAAUGUUCCAAGCUUACAGGCAUCUUCGCCACCUGCUGUAUCACAGGAGCUGACUACAAUUAAUGAGAAUGUUCCAGAGCUGAAACCCAUGGUUAGCAUGUCUCAGUCCUUGCGUCCUGUGGGUGCCAUACUCAACAAUAUCUCUCAAGCACGAGUAGCCCUCACGGGAGGAACUUCCCUAGGGUUGCCUUCAAUGGGUGGGAAUUCGAUUGGUAUGCACAUGACAAACAUGAUAUCUAAUGGAAUGGCAUCGAGUGUGCCACCCUCUCAAACCGUAUUGUCUUCUGGACAGCCUGGCAUUGCUGCUGUAUCUGCAUCUGGCAGCAUUGCAGGAGCUUCUCAGCCUAUACAGAAUUCAACCCUAAACUCUUAUGGUACAGCUACUUCGAAUGUCUCUGGAAAUUCCAACCAUGGCAUUUCACAGCCAUUAACUAAUCUUCAAGGAAAUGUAAGUAAUACGAUGGGCCAAUCAGUAUCUGGGAUCAGUCAGGGAAAUCUUCCGGCUAUGACACAAAAUGGGACCACUAUGAAUCCAAACAUGAUUCCUAACCUUGGUGCAACUGGUGCACAAUCUGGUACUGGCCCUAUGAUGCCAACUCCAGGAAUGUCUCAGCAGGUACAGUCAGGAAUGCAGUCUGUGGGAGUGAGCAAUUCGGCAGCUAAUAUGCCAAUCUCUCAACAAGCUACGACUUCUUUACAAUCUUCACAAUCCAAAUAUGUUAAAGUAUGGGAGGGAAACUUAUCUGGACAGAGACAAGGACAACCUGUAUUUAUCACUAGAUUGGAGGGGUAUAGGAAUGCAUCAGCCUCGGAGACACUCGCAGCAAACUGGCCGCCAACCAUGCAAAUAGUUCGUCUUAUAUCUCAAGAUCACAUGAAUAACAAGCAAUAUGUUGGCAAAGCAGACUUUCUUGUUUUUAGGGCUAUGAAUCAACAUGGGUUUCUUGCUCAGCUACAAGAAAAGAAGCUUUGUGCAGUUAUUCAGCUGCCGUCGCAGACGCUAUUGCUGUCAGUUUCUGAUAAAGCCUGUCGCUUAAUAGGAAUGCUUUUCCCUGGGGAUAUGGUGGUUUUUAAACCCCAGAUACCUAAUCAGCAACAGCAGCAACAAUUGCAACAUCAGCAGCAACAAAAUCAGCAGAUGCAGCAACAGCAGCAGCAAUCUCAACAACAGCAGCAGCCAUCACACCCUCAGCUACAAUCCCAGCAACUUCAGCAUAUGCAACAGCUGCAGCAACAGCAACAGCAACAGCAGCUUCCACAAAUGCAGCAGGCUCAGCUUCAGCAUUUACCUCAACAACAACAAACCAUGCAACAGCUGCAGCAGCAACAACAGCAAAUUCCGCAGCUUCAACAACAGCAAAUUCCACAGCUUCAGCAACAGCAGCAAAUUUCGCAGCUGCAACAACAGCAGCAAAUACCACAGCUACAACAGCAGCAGCAACAAAUGCAGCAACUACAACAACAAUCUCAGCCUCAACAAAUGGUUGGUGCUGGAAUGGGUCAGAGCUACAUGCAAGGUCCUGGUCGACCUCAGAUGGUUCCUCAGGGACAAGUACCAUCACAGGGGACCCAGCCAAAUAUGUCCGGAGGUGGAUUUAUGGGUUAGUUUGUUUAGAUAAAUGUGCAUAAACUGUUGUAAUUGAACUUAGAUCUAUGAAAGUGCCUCCUCUCUGCCAGUUGGAUUGGCGCUGCUAAGCUGAUGCAGGGUGAUUGGUGAGUAUUAUCUAAUUCGAUUCUAUCAUCAUAUGAUCAUAGGUCAAUUGUAUUCAUGUCGAAUAUUAUGAAAUGCAAGUCAAGAUUUUGCUUUAA